ACGAAACUCGCGUCCCUUGAAGCCCAACCGCCAAAACAAAUGUCUCUCUUCCGUAAACCCUAAACCCUAAGCCGUAGCCAUACAAUUCUCUCUCGCUCUCUCUUCCCGCAUUCAGUCGGGCAUGAAGAAGGCCAGAAGCCGCAAAAGCCCUCUCCCCGAAGGCGCUCGCAGAAGCUCUAAAUCGUCCCGUUCGGAAGACCCUUUCUUCGUACCCGAUCGGAAGCGACGCCGGAAGAUCGACGAUGAUUUCAUCGAUAGCGACGAUGAAGAAGAUGAGAUUGGCGGCACAUCUCAUGCAGAAGGAGAAAGGGAAGGGGAGGAAGAAGAAGCGGCAGAGACUGCAGACGAGAAGCGGCUGAGAGUCGCGAAUGCGUAUUUGGAGAAGAUCCGUGCGAUCACGAGGCGGGCAGCGGAAGAGGAAGAAGAAGAAGAAGAGGAAGAAGAUGGGGAGAGAGAAGAGAAGAGAGAUUCGUUGGUGGCGAAGAUUCUGCAGCAGGAGCAGUUGGAAGAUAGCGGGCGAGUUCGGAGAUUGCUUGCUUCCAGGGUCCAAGAGCCAAAGGUGUUUGAUGAAUUUCAUGUCGUUGCAAAGCAUAGACAGUCUGUUACAGCUGUAGCUUUGGCCGAUGAUGAUUCUAAAGGGUUUUCAGCUUCCAAGGAUGGAACUAUUCUUCAUUGGGAUGUAGUUAGCGGGAAAGGUGAAAAGUAUUCGUGGCCAAACAAGGACAUAUUAAACUUGCAUGGUGCAAAGGAUCCAAAAAAUCCAUCUAAAAAGUUGAGCAAACAUGUAUUAGCACUGGCUGUUAGCUCAGAUGGUCGGUAUUUAGCAACGGGGGGCUUAGAUCGUCAUGUUCAUUUAUGGGAUACUCGGACACGUGAGCAUAUUCGGGCAUUUCCUGGUCACAGAGGACCUGUGUCUUGUCUGACAUUUAGGCAGGGUAGUUCACUGCUUAUAUCUGGUUCUUUUGAUCGAACAAUCAUGUUAUGGGAUGCGGAAGAUAGAGCUUUCUUGCAGCCAUUAUUUGGUCACCAAAGUGAAGUUUUAACAAUAGAUUGUUUGAGGAAAGAGCGGCUAUUGACUGUUGGCCGUGAUCGGACUAUGCGCUUGUGGAAGGUUCCUGAGGAAUCACAGUUAGUUUUUAGGGCUCCCACAGCAUCUUUGGAGUGUUGCCGUUUUAUCAACAAUGAAGAGUUCUUAACUGGAUCAGACGAUGGCAGUAUUGAGCUUUGGAGCGUGAUGCGUAAGAAGCCUACAUGCAUUGUAAAAAAUGCACACGCCGCAUCAGCCCCUCAGAAUCAGUCAGAUGCAAAAGAUAAUGGAAGCAUCUCUAACGGAGAUGAGUUAGAAAAUGGUCACGAAAUCUCUGAAAGCCAUUGUUCAUCAGCGAAGUCAUGGGUUAGUUCAGUUACUGUGUGUAGAGGUACUGAUCUUGCUGCUUCUGGAGCUGGUAAUGGUGUGGUUCGGUUAUGGGCUGUUGAAAAUGAUGCCAACAAUAUUCGGUGGUUGUAUGAUCUCCCACUGGCUGGGUUUGUAAAUUCCCUUGUGUUUGCGAGAUCCGGGCGCUUCAUUGUAGCUGGAGUUGGACAGGAGCCACGCCUAGGAAGAUGGGGACGGAUUUCGUCUGCUCGGAAUGGAGUUGCUGUGCAUUCCCUUGCUCUUUCAGAAGAGGGUGUAUGAUGAACCUUGCUUUUGAAAAUUUCACAAUUUUGACUAAAGCUAAUGCUUAGAUAAUUUUAAGCUUGGGGAAUUCCCCAAUUUUGGGUGAUCAAAAUGUAUCUUUUGCACUGCUGCCACCAUGGCAUUUCUGUCCCGCUCAGAUGUCUCGUAUCAUUUCAUGUUUCAACGAGGGAAAAAAAUGUAGUCAUCUUUGAAAUGCAAUAUACUUGGUUUUGUGGCUUAGAAAUCAA